AUGCUGAAUGUUCGCUCGUGUCGACAACUCGACAGUUCUCUCUCGACGGUGGCGCUUCUUCUGCUCGCUGUAAACGUGUGCCACUUGUCCGCUGGAUUGGCAUCGCCCACGACCGCGUACGAUAGUUUCGACUCGCACGGCCGUGGUUUGCUUCCGGUGCGGGCGGAAUCACCCGCUGAGGAGCCGCACGGUGACCUGUCCCUGUCCGCCGCGGCCGACGAAACACCGCGCCCGGUUCAGCAGCAGCUGCUUGGCGCGGCCGGCAGUGUGACGCGCGUCCCUUGGUACGGGCUGACGGAGGUUACCGAUAUUGUGCUGCUUGCGGCACUGGUGGCUGUGGCCGUGAUCGGUGCGGUGGUGUUUGUCGUGUUAGUGAUCAGUUUGCGAACAAAGUUUCAAACAUUACGCGCACAGCAUUCGCAACAGCGAGCCGGGGUACCCGCCGAACGGAGCGAGCGUUCGGCUGUGAAGGGUGAAAGUAAAACUAAGGCACCGCAGUGCAAAGGGCCACCGAUCGUGCUGAUAGAGACAGUGAAGCCCGUUUCGGUGACGUGCGUGACGGUGAAGCGCGGUUGCGAAACGUACGAGCCGCCGAAUAGUCCCCCUCCUUUGACGAGGCCUCGAAUCGAGCAACCGUUGAGCCUCUCGGAUAAACACGCUGAUCGAACGGUUGCGACUGUCCCACGGAAACAACAUCCUCCACCGGAAGCGGUGACCAUGAGUGCGCUGGGCACAACGCUCGAGUCUACGAAUCAACUUCCGUCACCCGUCCCCGCCGUGACAACGAAUCUAGUUGGCGAUGAUAAAGAAAAUUGCCUGCAGCCACAGUCGACGUGCGAUUCGCUUUCGCAACACCAUCCAAGCAAUCAGCGGGCCACGGCGAACGUGCUGAAGCGCCAGCCGGUGGCGGAGAUAUCACUCGCCAGCAGCGGACCACCGACGGCUUCGCCGACGGCCUUCAUUCAGCUUCUGACUCCGUCGUCGGCGUCAUCGAUUUCCACCACGACCACCGACAAUAAUGCGACCCCCACGAAGACGGGUGCCACCGGUGGUCCCGGUGGUCCGCUGUCGGCCUCGGAAUCGAUGGCUGCGGCACGGUUUGGCUUCUCUCCCCGUUCUAUCCACUCGUUCACGGUGCAAACGGCCACCUACUUUCGGUUUCCGGAUGUGGACGAUUUUACGCCAACUCCACGCACCACGCUGCACCCAAAACCGGCGAUCGACGACGACGGAUCAUCGUCUACGCCACCGGCCGUCGAUGCGUUCACUGAUCCUGCCGAGCGGGACGACAGUAUGGUAGUGCCGCUCAAACAAUCCACCCAUUCUACUCCACCGGCACCACCAGCACCACCAUCGAUCGAGACACCGGAACAGGAGAAAGGGCAGGUUGAAGUGGAGGAAGAGCCGGUGGCUGCGCCUGCUACUGCAGAUGACCCAGUGGCUCCGGAGGGACGCGCCACGUCAAGGAUCUGUGCUCCGAUGGCAAAUCGUCGCGUGCGCCUCAAGUCCAUUUCCCUCGACUCGGAGGGUGCCCGGUUGGUGGAAGAAAAUCUCACAUCCACCAUCCCGGUGCAGGAGCUAGUGGGGAUGGCUCAGCAGCGCGGAGGUGGCGGAACUGGAACGGGAACCACUCGGUUCGAUUGCGUACUGGACGAUGUGGAGGACGAUGUUGACGAAAGCAACAACUAUGAGACUGACGGUGAAGGAUGGCCGCGGACGAAGCGUGUGCGGAACAUUUUAAAUCUUCGACUAAACAUACCUCCGCUCGGAGGAGGUUCCGGUCCUUCCGGGACGCUACCCCUCGCGAUCGGUUCACAAUCCACGGGAUCGAUGGUGGAAACGACCGCGACGAUGGUGUCCCGCUCGGUGACCACGUCGGUUUCCAAUCCAGCCAUGAUUCCGACCCACCACCAACACCAACCUUCAUCGGUCCUGGCGGCCGCCUCUCACCACCAGCACCAGCAACGGCCCGAGCUGGAAAGCAAUGAGCAGUUUUACUUCGAAUACUUCGAUUACGGCGAUGACGACGACGACGAGACGGAUGACGAGUACGACGAGGACGGGGAAGAAUUUGAGGACAAUAACAAUAACAAUACCAAUCACAGCCACGGGAGUCGCGCACGUCCUCCGGCGCUACCAACAGCGCCGAAAACUCCCACCCUGUCCCAGUCGAAGCAGAAAGCCAGUUCCCUGGACUCCGACUCGAAGGUUAAGAUCUCCGUACCGUACGGGGUCGGUGGCGGGGCUGGUUCGGUAAGCUGCAGUGCAGGACUCAGCAUUAUGAGCAUCGCCCAAUCGACCAGCGGCGGCGGCCCGGGCACCACACUAACCUACUCGCAGCAGCAGCCGCAGUACCAGCAACAGCAAGGUCACGUCGCCAAUCACUUUCAGCAACAACCUGCGCAGCACCAAGGACAAUUGCAGCCCCGUCGUGUUUCUUCCGCAUCCGUGCCAACCACACCGAAACGAUACCAGUACCGGACGGCGGUCAAUCAUCACUAUCAUCAGUACCAUCAUCACCACCAGCAACAGCAGCAGCAAACGCACUACCCAAGUGGACAAUCAAAGCUGAUGAAAGCAGCGUACGACGGGCUGGCCCCAGGAGGUGCACCGCCACCACCAACACCUGCGAUCGCUCGGAAGGACAAAUCACCGAUUGUUGGUGGAACGAAGAGUGGAGCCAAUGACGAGGAGGAAACAGGAAACAAAGGGGCCAGCACAGCUACCACGGCCACGAACAGUACGACGGGGCGAUCGGCAAGCAUACUGCAGAGACGUGGCUCCAAUCACAGUCUAACGCUCAAUCUGGACAUCUACCACCGGGGCGGCAGUGUCGAUUUGACCGGUUCGAACUGUAGCCUUCACCGUGGAUCAUACAAAAACCUCCACCAAGCACACUCCCAGUCACAGCUCUAUCAGCAGUAUCCAGACACGACGGUCGCUAAUAGCGGUGGUGGUGCAGUGCGCGUCCAAUGCCAUCAAGCAUCGCCUCAGGGAGGCCAAAGUGCGGUCCUGCCAAACGCUACCCAUAACAACAACAACAGCCACGCAACUGGGGCCGGCGGCAGUAGCGUAAGUAACGGUGGUAACAACAACAGCAACAAAAAGAAUCUCCUGCAACGACGCGGAUCCAACACGAGUCUCACGCUGAAUCUGCGCUCUGGGGUCGUCGGUGGUGGUUCCACGUUCGGUCUGAAUCGCUUCAGCAGCCAUAACUCACUCAACACGACGCACAUGACAGUACACGGGGCCAUGGGAGGGGCACCCGGCGCCGGCGGAACGGCCACCGGGCAGCAGCAGCAACUGCCGUCGUCCCUCGUGCGGCCUGCGGGCUCGAAAAAGAGUCUACUCGAGAGGCGCAACUCAAACGCCAGUCUCACGCUGAUCAAUGUGCACCAGCGUACGCUGUCCGUUUCGAACUGUAAUUUACGCGGUUCAAUCUGCAGCUUGAAUAGUUUGCUCACGACGCACACGCAGAACGAAGCGGGCGGUGGCAUGAUGCUAGAAGAAGAUGAACUGGAUUGUACGGGUGCCGCCACCGGUCGUCAUGGCGACGAUCAUCAUAACCAUCAUCAUCAUCAUCAGCACCAUCAACAUCAUCAGCAUCAACAGGGGUUGUGCCAUAAUGGGCAGCAUCAUCAGCACCACGGCCACCAUCGAGUGCUGGGUGGAAGGAGCGGUCUGGCGGCCAGCGUUGAUGGUGGAAUACACGAAACGGAUGGCGGAGCGGUCGGAACCGGUGCAGGAGAACAAAGAAUCGGACGGCUCACGGUGGCGGCGUCACAAGGAAACUCGAUGGACAAUGCCACGAGUCCCUGUGGCGAUCAGGAUCAGGUGGAUGGCGGUCACAGAGCAUGCCACCGCGCGGGUAACGAGUAUCGGCACGAAAGGCAGAGAAAGUUCCGCAGCUCGGACAGUUUGCACAACAUUAAUACCCGUGAGCAUUGUCUGUCGCUGCAGCAGCCGCAACCCCAUCGCGAACGGCACCUUGGACGGGAGCAGUUGCUGACGGAAGCGAAACUGAUGGCCACCGGAAGCUACCAACGGUGCUGCCAGUCAUCCUACGAUGAACGCCAUCUUUAUGGUUCUUCAGAAAACUUUAAGCAACAGCAAAACAAACUUUCGACCCACCGUGCACUCUUCCACAAAGACCCGUCGAUCGUGACGUCGGCCUCGUCGGCCAACAAUCUGUCCGCGCUUGGCACGAGCUCACUGGCAUGUUGCUGUUGCUGUUGUUGCUGCUGCUGCGCUGCUGCUGGCGGUGUCGGCGGUGCUGGCGAUGGUUGCUGCGAUGCAAAUGGGCUAAUCGUGAAAACUGGCAACCUGAGCAUCAGCAACUCGAACAUACGCAACAUUUCUACCAAACCGCUGAGCCCGCAGACGACGAGCGAAGAUUUUAAGAUCUACCUGGCGAACAUACAGUUCCUGCAGAACGCCUCGAACGUGCUGACGAUCGCGUACCUCCGUAAAUUGCACAACUUUUUUACCAAAACCUACCGCAAGAUGGUAACGGCAGCGAAAGACAAUCGGCGACCCUCGAAAGAUCAAACGAAAGAGCCGUCGGCAGCUUCAACGGCAGCGGAUGGCGGAGAAGAUCGGUGUGGCGGCCCCAAGAUGAUGCUAAUGCACAGCGACAGCCUUCACCAUCCGCCGGUGUGUGAUGACGAGUCGUACGACGAAGAGCACAAAAAGAUGGUGCUGAAGAUACACCAAGAGUUCUGGGACCUGCCAACCAACUACCAGGAGAAGCCACUCGUGUUUGGAUCGCAGGCCAAAAAUCGCUACAAAACCAUUCUUCCGAACGAGCACUCGCGCGUAAUACUGGAGCCGGAGCGGGCCGCUUCGAUUGCCGGUGAACCGUACAUCAAUGCCAACUUCAUCAAGGGCCCAGAUUAUGCCAACAACAGCUACAUAGCGACGCAAGGGCCACUGCCAAACACAGUCUACGAGUUCUGGCUGAUGGUGCAUCAAAACAUCGUUCGAACGGCGGCCGCCACCGCACGUUGUCCUCCAUCGCCGUCGCUCGAGCAAAAGAUCGUUAUGCUGACUAACUUUGUCGAAAACGGGCGCCAAAAGUGUGCCAUCUAUUUCCCGCAGAACGAGGCCGAUUGGCUGGCGUUUGGCUGUACGGCCGAUGUUGACAUAAGCGGUGUGCUCGAGGCAAGGAAUGACAUCGAAGCAGACACCACAUCCCGUUCGAGAAAAGUCCGAGUCCGGUGUGCGAGUUGCUUUUUUCUCGUGCAAAACGUUUGCGUGGAGCAGCGAAACGGUUACACGGUACGGACACUGAAAAUAACCCAUGGUUCGCGCUGCUCCCAGAGGACGAAAGAUGCCGCUGUGGAAGAUGGAGAAGAAUUAGCUGACUUUGAACUGAGCCACUUUCGGGCUCAACAUUACUGGUUUCCCGAUUGGCCCGAUCAUCGGUCGCCGAACGAUAUUAAUGUGCUACUGGACCUAAGCCUUGAUGUCCUGGGGACUGAGCACACCAGGACGAAUGAUGAUGCCCUUCUGCGAGCGGAUCCCUCUAGCGGCUGUAUUCAAGAGCCGCCUGAAACACCGUGCGUCAGCAAAGGGGAUUCAGUUGCCACCGGUGUGGUGUUGCCGAUCAUCCACUGUUCCGCCGGUAUCGGCAGGACCGGCUGUCUGAUUGCCAUCUUGAAUGGGUUGCGCCAGUUACGCCUUUCAGUGCUCGCCCACCGUAGGAACGCCCACAAACAGCUCCUGCCGGAAGCACUGCUGUCACCAUCACUCGCGAUUACGGACGGCCCCGCAAUCGAACAGGAUGUUCAGCUAGCGCCAGAAAAGACUAACCCUUCGGAUGAUGUGCCGGCGCAAACGGUUCAGGACACUACCGAUGCCAUCCACUCAGAGGAAGAGUCUGAGCUCGAAAAGUCAAUCCCACUGCCACCGGUACCGAGUGGGCGUCGUUGCAUUGGUGGCGGUGGCAAUGGUAGCUUGCAGCGCGAGUCUGGCCAAGUCGACAUACUAGGCAUCGUGUGCAAUCUACGACUGCAACGGGGCGGCAUGGUGCAGAACUCGGAACAGUACGAGUUAAUCCAUCGUGCGCUGUGUCUGUACUUGGAGAAGUUGACGCGCGAAGAACCAGCUUAAGGGAAAUCAAUCGUGACAGGCAGGAUGAACGGUACAAAGUCUAGCAGUAAUGGUUUUCGGGCGGUUUUGGGAAUGUGCAAGUAAACAAUCUCUAGUGUAGUGUGUGUUUGAGUGUUAGUUGGCAAAAGCGAUACUGUCGAGAAGGAAUACCAAAGAAAAUAAGAAAAACAGAAGAGGCAACGGAAAAAGAGGAAAUGGUUAAACAGAUAAGAGCAAGAUAAGCAGUAAAACAAACAAUUGGGUAAGGAAAGCAUGACAGAAAUUAUUGAUCUGAGCAAACAACUCUCGAACAGUUUAAGAGUAAAAACACCCGAUUACGGAUUUGGAUUUUUUGUAGUUCUGCAAAAGCGACACACGCGAGCCGAUGGAAAGCGACACCAUUUGAAGUAGCAAAAGAUUGAACAAAAAACACUUGCGUAACUCAUAAUUAGAAGAUGAAAAAAGGCCACGAAAAACACAGCGCAAAAACAACAACCAAGACAACGUGAAACCUAAAAGUUCCACAGCAGAAAAGCAAAAACAAACAAACAAACAAACAAACAAACAAACAAACAAAAAACUAAACAAGGGAAAACUAGCAAAGUUCUGAUAGGAUUUUACACAAAUUAUUAACACGAUGAGAAACGAUGACGAACUAUGCAACACGAUUUUAUGUUUAUGAAUGUCACUGUAUGUGUGUUGGGCAUUGUAUGUGUGGCAUGUUUGUCAUGUUUGUUUGUCCCCGAGGAGGAAUAUGAAUCCUAAAGAAACCCAUAACUAAAUUAUUGCAUAACUAGAUGGAGCAUAUACUAUAGAUAUACCUAUACAUUUACACCUAUACCUUUACAUACAUAUAUCAUAUAUAUUACCUAAAAACCUUAGAAAAUUGGAACAAGGCUGGUUUUUCGUUUUCUUUUUUAAAUGGGAUAAAAUAAUAUUACAUGGUGUUUGAGCAGGGUACCGAAAGAAUAUUUAAAUUUUAGUAAAGCAAGGAACUCAAACCGACACUGAAACACGUCCGUGGCGGCCAGACACACUAACGAUGGCUAGGGAGGAACUAGACAACUAGAGCCGCAAAUCCCCAUCGAUGAAAUACGCACACUGGCAGAGAAGACGACGAUCUGGAAGUCUGCGAUCGUCUGGAAGUCGGAAGUCUGCGCACAAUGGUCUUUACGCGGUGCACGACGAUAUUCACAACUAAACCGAAGCCUGGUGAAAGGUGAAGGUGAAAUAAGUUUGCAUUGAAGCGUAUAGCACGCAGAGAAAGUGAAACCGUGUUUGUCGAUCGCAUCGCAGCCACAGUUAGAAGGAACCGGCAUUCACCGCAGAAUACAGCCGAACGAAUUGACAUCCUUUUUCGGCUAGUUUAGCUCAUUCGAAUAAGAAAAGCAGAACGUUUCAAGCGAACCCUGCGUUUUAGUUGUUCCGCCAAUUUGGCGGGUGUGUUUUGAACAUUUAAGCAGCGUGCAUUAAGCAAACAGAUAUAGGCCAUUCAGCAGUAAACCUAAAACAACUGGAAGAAACAAAUCAAACCACAAA